AGUCUAUGGAAUUUGUAAUAAAUAAUAUGGCGGACCAUAAUAACAAGGGCGCUAAAAGAUUAUUUUGGAAAACUGUGAAAUCUUAGAUUAUUUCAAAGUGUUAACAUUUAUGACUCUCCACUCUACUUAGACUUGUUAAUAAUUUUAUCGGUUGCAAAUCACAGUUGCCGUUAUAUACAAGAAUUGAAAACGAUUUUCUAUGAGGUUCAUCAGUACCUACUUGAAAUGUAAAUACCAGAAAUUUGAAGAAAUUCACAUCGAUAAUGUCAGCAGCUAUAAAAGUUAAUUUUGAAAUUGGACACGAAGCAUCGUUACGUUCAAAAAAGACCCCUGAAGGCUUUACUCAUGACUGGGAAGUUUUUGUACGCGGACAAGAAGGAGCUGAUAUAAGUCACUUCGUGGAUAAAGUGGUAUUCCACUUACACGAAACUUUUCCGAAACCUAGAAGAGUUGUGAAGGAGCCACCUUUUUCCAUCAAGGAAUCUGGAUAUGCUGGAUUUAUUUUUCCUAUUGAAAUCUAUUUGAAGAACAAAGAUGAACCUAAAAAGAUCAAGUUUUCGUAUGAUUUCACAUUACAGCAAAGCGGAGUUUUGAAGGAUAGAUACAUAUUUCAAAAUCCUAAUGAAGAUUUUAGAAAAAAGUUGUUAAAAGGUGGGGGUAUUCCUAUUAUUAAUAAUGCAUUCUAUACUAAUCCAGAUCAAGAAAGUAGAAGUAGAGAUUCAUUCAGUGAGGACAAAUCACAACUGACUAGUAAACCAAAGUUAUCAUCAGAACAACAUCAGAAAAAACAUAAAUCAAAAGAGCAUAAAGAAGAAAUACCACAUAAGACAAGCAGUUUCGAAAAUUUAUUUGGGCCACCAAUUCAAAAACCACCAAAGGUUUCACCUGACCCUAAAAAGAUUGAAAAGACAGCCUCAGUUCCCAAAUCUGACAAAAAAGAUAAAGAAAGAUCAAGUUCAGACAAAAAGUCAAAGCAUGAACACAAAGAAACAAAAUCAGACAAAAUUAAAAUCAAAGAUGAUAAAGAGAAAGCUAAAUCAGAAAAAGUAAAAACCCAUUAUAAAGAAAAUGAAAAGUUAAAAGAAAAAUCUGUUAAAAGGCCCAAUGAGAGGCUACCAUCCCCAGAGAAUCCAAAAAAAAGGUGUACAAGUCCCAUUAGAAAAGUGCCAAGUCCUGCUCCUCGAUCUAAUAGUGCAUCUAGCUUUAAAGAUGAUUUCAAACCAUUAAAACAUAACUCUGAAUCUACUGAGCAAAAGAAAAUUAAACUUGAGGAAAAAUUGCUUGAAGUGAAAGCAGAAAAAGAAGUUAAAGAGAAGAAGAAGAAAGAAAAGAAGAGCCAUGAUAGGGAUAAAGAAAAAAAAGAGAAAAAGGAGCAUAAAAAGGACAGUCAUAAAUCUAAAGAUUCCCCUAAAUUGUCAUUUGAAACCCCUAAAGAAAUUAUAAAAGAAAUAAAAGCCAGAGACACACCAAAAGAAAGGGAGCAAAUUAAAGAGUCACCACCAAUAAAAGAAAAAGUAACGAAACCAGACAAACCCAACAACAAGUUUUCCAUAGAAAACUUAAGAAAGUCACCACCUCCUGAAAAUGUUGAUCGACCAGAAAUUCAGAAAAAAGAAAAAUCUGAUUCUGAAAAGAAGCAUAAACACAAGAAAAAAGAUAAAAAACGUGAUGAAUCCAAAGAGAAACAUAAGGAUGCAAAUAAGGAGAAAAAACAUAAACAUGAAAAAAAUAAAGAUACUUUAGAAAAAGUUGAGGUUAUUGACAAUAAGGAGACUCCACUAAAUAAAGAGCGUCCUUUACCAGAACCAGCAUCUCCCAUAUCAAUAGACACUGCUUCUCAGUGUAGUUCAAAGAGCGGUCUUGCUAAAAUCUCACACAUAGGAACAGAAGAAGCAAAUAGCUCCCACUCUGAUUCUGAGAGUUCUAUGAUAGUGGAAGAUGACGAAAACAAGGUCAAAUUAGAAAAUCUUUCACCACAGCCACUCAAAUGUGAACCUACACCUGAACCUGAGCCAGAAAUUGAGCCGGAGCCUGAAUCAGAACCUAUUUUAGAUGUUCCACCUCCACAAAAAGAGAAAUCUAAAAAACAUAAGGACAAAUCAAAGAGAGAUGAAAAAAGGCGCAAACGAAAAGCAGCAGAGGAAGAAAAUGCAGAAAAUAGAAAAGUUGCAAAAUCCUCUGAAUCCACCGUUCCUUCUAAUAAUGAUACUGAGAAAGGUGAGAGUAGUGGUUCUACAUCUGUAGAGACUAAGGUGCAAGACAAUGGAGUUUCAAGUAGCUUAGGUGAGGAUGCUGAGCCUGGGGAACUGUCACCUGAAUACAUGGGACAGUUGCGGGACUUACAAAAACGCAUAAUGACUAUAAACAAUAAUGAAGAACUGGAAAGAGUUGUUAAUUUAAUAGCAGAAACGGGACGAUAUGAAGUCACGACACAAACCUUUGAUUUUGAUUUAUGUUUGUUAGACCGCUCAACAGUGCAACAACUGAUACAAUUAGUGGGUUGCUAGCUACUAAUCUAAAUUUAUUAUGCUUGUAAUGAAAGUUCAAAUUUUUUUACAUUUUUAAACCAGAUUGUAAUGUGCAAUUUAAAGGCAGUUAAUUUCUGUACAGGAUUUAAACUAAGUGUAAAUAUGAAUGUAGCAGCUGCAAAUAAUCUCAUUCAAUAUCCUAUGCCACCAGUAUAAUCACAUUACUUCAGCCAUGUGUUUAAAGUGCAAUACUGUAUAGGUAAAGCUAUAAGACUGUUGAAAGAUUGUUAACUAAUGUAUAUUUUGUACAUGAUUGUAUUGAAUCUUAAAAUAUAAAGAGUUUUAUUUUAGCCUAGCAGAGAACGGCCUGUAAGAGGUUAUGUUAAAAUGUCUAGUAGUUAAUUUAAAUUUAAUUUUUAAGUGUAAGAGUAUUAACGUAAGAACUCAAUCAAAACCCAUUAUAUAGAUCAGUACUUUAUAAGUUGUUAUGUAAUUUUAUGCACAAUAUAGGCCACAUGCACCAACAUUCUUGAAUGAAAUAAAAAAUCAUUAAAUCCUCAUUCUAUCUUUGUUGACUUAAAACAUGUGACAAAUUUCAGUGACCUUUUAUCUUUAUUGUGAUUUAAGAACAUUGGUGUGUUUGGUCCUAAGAUUAUAUUAUAUGCCAGGACAGCAGGCUGGGUUUUGUGUUUAGGGUAUUUGUAAAACAACUAUUUUAACUACCAUCUGUUUUUUACUGUUUCUAAUUUUUAUUUAUUCUUUUAAUAUGUGCCUUAUGUGUUUUUUAGUCAAAAAUGUAGGCGCACUAUAGUGAUCAUAGAUUUUAGGCAUGGGGAAUCUAGCCGAGCAGAAAAAAUAUUUUUCGAAAACACACUUAACCCAAACUAUGUGUACUGGCAAAUAAUUUAAUAUUGCCUUAUAAAUAAUUAGAUUAAAGUCGGCAUUGCAAGAUUGCAAAUUAUUAAUUUUAAGGAGUCGUAUUUUACAUAACUAAUAAAUUUAUUUGCUAACUCAUGAAGUGGUGAUGUUAUAUUUUGAAAUUGUUUUCAUGUGCUCAUCUCGGCUAUGGUUUUGAUUCGCGUAUGUAUAUUAUGUUUGUUACAUAAUUUAUUUUUUUUAUUAAACUAGUAUUUAGAAAUAUUGCUUAGUAAUGAAAUAAAGAAAUACAUAUAUAGUGAAUAAUGUUUCUUUUCAAUAACAGCACUAAUAUCGUAUGGCCGUUUGCAUUUGCACGAACCUUUAUCAAUAUAUAAAUAAAUAAAGAGGUGCUAAGAUGCGUAGCAAGGGACCUCGCUUCAGUCAUCAGAGCUCUGGUGGAUACGGUUUAGUGGAGCGAGGCUUUUGUACAUAAAAAACAGC